AUGAGGAGUGGUGAUACGACGUCGCAGGCUCUGAGCAUAAAGUGGGGCUGUAAAGUGGAGGAUCCCAUCACUUUCAUUACACAGAAUCAAAUUCCGUCCACGAGUGAAAAAGAUGAGUUUCCGAAAAUUCAUCCGAUUAAGUUUUCAAUCUCUGCAGUUCAUGUGCUUGAAGCUUACAAGAAUCAGGAGACGAUGAUGAAAAUUGAUUUCGGUGGGCUUGAUCCAUCGGCACCUAUAAAGGGUAAUAGGGAUGAUUUGCAUGAUGAGAUUUCAGCUCCACCAUCUUUCAAGCUUCCUACUGCAGUUGAUUUUGAUGGGUUUCAGAAAGCUGCAGUACAAAUGGUGAAGCCUGCAAAGGGAACCACUACUCUGGCUUUUAUAUUUAAAGGGGGUGUUAUGGUGGCCGCCGAUUCCCGUGCCAGCAUGGGAGGAUAUAUAUCAUCACAAUCUGUCAAGAAAAUAAUUGAAAUAAACCCGUACAUGCUUGGUACGAUGGCUGGAGGAGCUGCCGAUUGCCAGUUCUGGCACAGAAAUCUCGGAAUCAAGUGCCGUUUACAUGAAUUGGCAAACAAGAGAAGAAUUUCCAUUGCUGGAGCUUCAAAGCUGUUGGCCAACAUUCUGUAUUCUUACCGAGGAAUGGGUUUAUCUGUCGGGACUAUGAUUGCUGGCUGGGAUGAACAGGGCCCUGGUCUCUACUAUGUGGACAGUGAAGGUGGACGACUUAAAGGCACCCGAUUCUCGGUUGGCUCUGGUUCGCCAUAUGCUUAUGGUGUUUUGGACAGUGGAUACCGUUUUGACAUGUCGGUUGAGGAAGCUGCCGAGCUGGCAAGACGAUCAAUCUAUCAUGCCACUUUCCGUGAUGGUGCUAGUGGUGGUGUUGCAAGCGUUUAUCACGUUGGGCCGGACGGGUGGAAGAAGCUGUCUGGAGACGAUGUUGGGGAGCUGCAUUACCAUUACUAUCCUGUUGAGCAAACGUCUGUGGAACAUGAGAUGAUUGAUUGA